GAAAGCACGACGUUGCCUCCCCCUGUGCACCCCUGGACGCUUCAGCCCGCCCCAUAAAAAUGCACGCAAUCAUCACUGGGGCCACCGGCCUCGUUGGCUCCGGCGUGCUCGACGCCAUGCUAAAGGCAGCUGACGUCACCAAGAUCACAAUCAUCAGCCGCCGGCCCGUCAAGAUGGCCGACGACGCCAAGGACCCCCGCGUCAAGACCAUCAUCCACACCGACUUUGAGCGCUACGGCCCGGACCUCAUGUCGCAGGUCCGCGACGCGGCCGGCGUCGUGUGGGCCCUGGGCAUCAGCCAGAACGCCGUGGGGGCCGACGAGUACGUCAGGAUCACAAAGACGUACACACUCGAGGCCGCCCGGGCCUUCUCCGACAUGGCCCGCUCCACCGGCGAGCCCUUCAACUUCGUCUUCGUCUCGGGCGACGGCGCGACGCUGGAGCCCGGCCGGCUCUCGCCCAUCUUUGCGCGCGUCAAGGGCGAGACCGAGGCCGAGCUCGUCCGCAUGCGGGAGGAGAACCCCCUGUUCAGGGCCCACACCGUCCGCCCGGCCGCCAUCGACCCCACCCACCAUGAUGCCAUCAAGCCAUACAUGCCCGCUCAGGGGCUGCUGGUCGGCUCUCUGCGGUCCGCCAUCAGGGUCUUGAUGAGCAGCUAUACGAGCCCGACGGAGCACCUUGGCAAGUUCAUGACGGACAUGGCGAUUGGGAAGUGGCCAGAUGCAAGCAAGCUUGCUGGCCCAGGCGUGAAGCCUGUGGGUUCAUCGGGAUUUGCCAUUGUGCAAAACGCUGGAUUUAGGAGAAUGAUGGGACUCGACAAGAAGCCAUGAGUGGCUGCUGUUAAUAUUGUAAUUUUUCUAGACUUGGGUCGGGACGAUGGGUGUACAAACUUCUAAAACUAACCAUCGCGCCAGGCAUGGAAAUAAUUAGAUCUGCUUUUGGAGAGACCAAGAAUCCUCGCUGCUCCCCCG